UGCAGGGUUUAUUCUGUCCUGGGUGGAGUGUAUACAGUGAUACACAUCUAAAAAAAAAAAAAAUAAAUCAUUUAUUAAGUUAUACACAUAUAUUUCAGCAAACUGUCCCUGUUUUUUCUUCAGGUCCAUGGGGUCAAUUGUGAAACCCCUUUUCCCAGGUUGUAUCAUACGAUCAGUGGUACAGGAGGGAGACACAGAGGUAACACUCCCAGUUUUUUACACGCCCAUUCAGCGCUCAACAGCCAGCGCCGGCGGCAGCCCGCAACUAGGGCACUCACUGUAACUGUACAUGUCUGCUCAUGUAUUAGAGGAAUAUUAGCAGCUCUUCGCCACCAUUAGGCUGUCGAGUCUUUAGUAUAACUCACACAAACUCUGGUUUUCAUACAGUUAAUAUCUUAAUUGUGCGCAAACUUGGAGAGCAGCUGGGAUACUUGUCACCAUGGCAGGAGGAAGACGCGGGGGCGCACCUAGAUCUGGCGAGGACGUCUCCUUAGUCAGUCCCGUUGUAAAGUACCUACUGUUCCUGUUUAAUUUUAUAUUUUGGAUAAUUUCCCUGGUGAUGGUGGGAAUCGGCGUGUACGCCCGCAUGAUGAAACAUGCAGAGGCGGCCCUGGCGUGUCUGUCAGUGGACCCGGCUGUAAUGCUGUUGGUCGUGGGGAUCCUCAUGUUCAUCAUCACCUUCUGUGGCUGUGUGGGCUCACUGCGAGAAAACAUCUGCCUCCUGCAGACUUUCUGUAUCUGUCUGACAGUGAUCUUCCUGCUCCAGCUGAUUGCUGGCGUCCUGGGCUUCAUCUUCUCUGAUAGGGCUCGGAACAGAGUGACGGAGAUUAUCAAUAAUGCCAUUGUUCACUACAGAGAGGACCUUGAUCUGCAGAACCUCAUUGACUUUGGUCAGAAAGAGUUUGGCUGCUGUGGCGGUGUGACAUACACUGACUGGUCCCAGAAUAUGUACUUCAAAUGCGAAAAAGACAACCCCAGCAGAGAGCGCUGCUCUGUCCCCUUCUCCUGUUGUAUCAUGACGAAAGACAAGCAGGUGGUUAUCAACACCAUGUGUGGCCACGGCAUGCAGGAGUUAGAGUACGUCGAGGCUGCAGACUACAUCCACACCAACGGCUGCAUAGACAAACUGGUGAAUUGGAUCCACAGUAACCUGUUCCUACUGGGAGGCAUCGCCCUGGGACUGGCCAUACCACAGCUGGUUGGCAUCCUGUUGUCUCAGAUUUUGAUCAACCAGAUCAAAGACCAGAUCGAGCUCCAGGACUACAGCCGCAAGCACCGCUCCGACCCGUUCAGCUGACCCGAGUCGGAUCAGACCAGAUUCUGAUGAACGGCACCAGAAACAGGGUGACACCAGCAGAUUAGGGGGAGAAUCACACAUGCCUGAAAAAUAUCUGUCAUCUCUGCCUGGACUGAGCUUUCAUCAUCGCUGCUCUUAGACUUAAAGACACAACACUAGUGUGCUUUCAAGUAUUUUGCAUGGAAGUGGAUUUAUGUUCACACAAAGAACACAGACAGAAAAACAGGACUCUGCUGCCACCUUGUGGACAAAGACUGUGCUUGAAUUUACCAAACUAUGUACAGUAGUUAGUACGCAAGCAGGGGCAGGGAGGGUGUUUGGUGGUCAGGGUCAUAUUGAUGGGAUCAUUGACCUUUACUUAAAGGUCCAGUGUGUAGGAUUCAAGGGGAUGUAUUGGCAAUAAUGGAAUAUAAUAUAAUAACCGAUAAUAUAUAUAACCGAUAAUAUAUAUAAUAUAAUAUAUAUUUCUAUAGUUUCAUAACCACCUGGAAAUAAGAAUCAUUGGGUUUUUGCUACCUUGGAAUGAGCCAUUUAGAUCUACAUAGGGAGCAGUCCCUUAUCCACAGAGAUUGCCAUGUUGCCCAGAACCGACCAACCAAACACAGGCUCUAGUUGGGCCAUUUGUGUUUUCACAUCAGCUACCAGUUAGCAGCCUCUCUGUGAUGAUCAGCGUUGGAAAAACACUGUUUUUUAACGUAGGACUGCUUUAUUCAGUAUUUUUACUGGUUUAAGUCGCCAGGUCCGCUUGUUUUGGAGAGGAAGAGACCUCUGUGGAUAGACAGA